GGUGAGCUGCAAACCAUCUACAAAUUCAUGCACUUCAACCGGUCGGCUCUGUCUUCUCUCCCUUUCUUCCCCUCACUGCUCUGCUCCCCCCCUUUCUUCCCCUCGAUGUCCUAUGUCCCGCACACCAUUCUGCGCCCGUUCGGCGUAAAACCAUUCGCCGGCGGUGGCUAUCUUAGGCGGCACGCACGGCCGUGUGUCCGCCGUGCGAGCUCCGUCGGUGCAACGAACGGGAAUGAGCUGGGCGGUGGCAAUAAGAGGAGGAGGAAGAGGCCGGCGGAGGAGUCGCGGUUGGAGGUUCUUUAUGACGACGGGUUCGGGAGCGUCACCGUGAAGGACUACCGGGAGGCGGUGAGGGCCAUGCCCAGGGACGACGGCGGGCCGCCGCGGUGGUUCUGCCCCGUGGAGUGCGGCCGGCCGGAGGUGGACAGGGCGCCGCUGCUGCUCUUCUUGUCAGGAAUCGAAGGUGUUGGAAUGGAGCUCAUUUUGCACCACAAAUCCUUGGGCAAAGUAUUUGAGGUUUGCUGCUUCCAUAUACCAGUAAAUGACCGCACACCAUUUGAAGGUUUAUUACAAAUUGUGGAAGAAUAUGUCAAACAUGAGAAUGCUUUGUCGCCAAGCAGACCAAUAUAUAUAAUUGGGGAUUCUUUUGGUGGAUGUCUUGCAAUUUCAGUGGCAGUUUGCAAUCCAGAAAUCGACUUGGUUCUUACACUAGUAAAUCCAGCAACAUCAUCUGCAAAAGCUUCCCUGCAGGCAGUAUUGCCUCUUUUGGAAGCAGUGGCGGCCAACCUUCCAUUUAUACAUCCUCACCUUCUCAAAUAUUCAAUGGGUAACCCUCUCAAUAUGGCUAUGGUUAGCCUUGAGAAUAGUCUUUCUCCACAAGAGACUCUACAAGAAUUUUCAAACAAACUCACUUCAAUGCUACCUUUAGUUUCCGAACUAGGAGAUAUAAUACAAAUGGGCACUCUCGUGUGGAAACUUAAGCUUCUCAAGUCAGGUGCAAACUAUGCCAACUCACAACUUCACAUGGUACAAGCAGAAGUACUACUUCUUGCAAGUGGCAUUGAGAAUCUGCCGCCAAGUGGAGAAGCAGACCGACUGGUUAAGUCACUGAAAAAUUGCAAAGUUCGGUACUUCAGGAACCGGGGCGACAGACUACUCAUGGAGGAUGGCUUCAACCUUCUAACUGUGAUAAAAGGAGUAAAAAUGUACCGCCGUGGUAGACAAUGGGACUGUGUGAACGAUUUCCUGUCACCCACAUUAAGUGAAUUCAACAGAACAUUUGGUGAAGAUUUCAAAUUGUUUCAUCAGUUACUGAGCCCAGCCAUGCUCUCUACAACACAAAAUGGAAAAAUUGUCCAUGGCCUUGACGGUGUUCCGGACAAAGGUCCUGUCUUGUUUGUGGGAUAUCACCAACUCUUGGCCAUGGAGUGGGCUGCACUAAUCGAAGGGUUCUUGAGGGAGAAAAAAACUGUUAUCCGAACAGGGGCCCAUCAAGUAUUUUUUGCUGGAAAUUAUGAGACACUACGCCAAGAGUUGUCUCUGUUUGAUUUUGUUUCUAUGUACGGCGCGGUUCCAGUCAGUCCAAUCAAUACGUACAAAUUGUUUGAGAGAAAUGAAUUUGUUCUCCUCUAUCCAGGCGGUGUGAGGGAAGCUCUACAUAGGAAGGGCGAAACAUACAAAUUGUUUUGGCCAGAUCAAACCGAAUUUGUAAGAAUGGCAGCACGGUUUGGAGUUACGGUCAUACCAUUUGGUUGUGUGGGAGAAGAUGACUUUUUGGAGAUAGUUGUGGACUACAAUGAUCAAAAGAACAUACCCUAUAUUAGAGACGAGAUAAAGUCAUUCAACAGAGAUUUUACAAGAUUAAGGGACACUGUGAAAGGAGAGGAUGGGAAUCAAGUCUUGCAUCUGCCUGUUGUUCUCCCAAAAUUACCAGGGCGGCUGUAUUUCCUAUUCGGCAGACCAAUCGAGAUGGAAGGAAUGGACAAUGUGUUGACAGAUAGGAAGAAGGCAAACCAAGUAUAUUUUCAAAUCGAAUUGGAAGUGGAGAAUGCAAUGUCUUACCUAAAGAGGAAGAGAAAUGAAGAUCCUUACCGGAGUAUUGCGCGACGUGCGUUGUACCAGGCAACUUGGGGUCCUUCUGCUCAAGUGCCUACUUUCGAACCGUGAAAGAUUGGGUCAGGACUUGUUUGCUUAGGCUAACUGGGCCAUGACUUUCAUGUUUAAUUGUCAGUUGAGCCAAUUUUCGAAAUAGGGUGAGUUGAAACUUCCAUGGACUUAGCACGAUGAAAGAAACCAAGUACCAAUCUAAAGAAGUUGCGAGCA